GAGCAGGCUGGCAGCAAAUAACUAUUUUUUCCCAGGUUUACGAGAACUGAAGUGAAUUGGAAAUUUUUAUUUGCUUUAAGCAAACAUUUCACUCUUGUGCAACAUUAAAUUGUGUCAACCAAGCAAAUAAAUGGAGAAAUCCUUACUUACAAAAUUGCCUGCUUCUGAUUUCACUUCAGUGCUUUUAAAGUUCCAAGAGGGGGAGAAAAUGAAGAUUUUGUUGCUUGGUAUUUUUCUGUUUUUGUACAGCACCUCAGCCUGGGCAAAAGAUAGGCAUUAUUACAUUGGAAUUAUUGAAACAACUUGGGACUAUGCCGUUGACAAUGGAGAAAAGAAACUUAUUUCAGUUGACAAAGAACAUUCCGAUAUCUAUCUCCAAAAUGGCCCAGAUAGAAUUGGAAGAGUAUACAAGAAGGCCCUUUAUCUUCAGUACACAGAUGGAACCUUCAGGACGGUUGUGGAAAAACCACGCUGGUUGGGAUUUUUAGGCCCUAUUAUCAAAGCUGAGACUGGAGAUAAAGUUUUUGUACACUUAAAAAACUCUGCCUCCAGGCCCUAUACUUUUCAUCCACAUGGAGUAACUUACUAUAAGGAACACGAGGGGGCCAUCUAUCCUGAUAACACCACAGGUGUUCAAAAAGCAGAUGACAAAGUGUAUCCGGGAGAGCAGUACCAGUACAUAUUGCAUGCCACUGAAGAACAAAGUCCUGGAGAGGCAGACAGCAAUUGUGUGACCAGGAUUUAUCAUUCCCACAUUGAUGCUCCAAGAGAUAUUGCCUCAGGGCUCAUCGGACCUUUAAUAUUCUGUAAAAAAGAUUCUCUGGAUAAAGAAAAAGAAAAAAAUAUUGACCAAGAGUUUGUGGUAAUGUUUUCUGUGGCGGAUGAAAAUUUCAGCUGGUACCUGGACGACAACAUUAAAACUUACUGUUCGAAACCAGAGAAAGUUGACAAAGACAAUGAAGAUUUCCAGGAGAGCAACAGGAUGUAUUCUGUGAAUGGAUAUAGUUUUGGAACUCUCCCAGGACUCACCAUGUGUGCAGAGGACAGAGUGAAAUGGUAUCUUUUUGGUAUGGGCAAUGAAGUUGAUGUGCAUGCAGCUUUCUUUCAUGGACAAGUAUUGACUAAUAAGAACUACCGUGUUGAUACAAUCAAUCUCUUUCCUGCUACCCUUUUUGAUGCAUUUAUGGUGGCCCAGAACCCUGGAGAAUGGAUGCUUAGCUGUCAGAAUCUAAAUCAUCUAAAAGCUGGCUUGCAGGCCUUUUUCCAGGUGCAGGACUGUAAGAAUUCUUCAUUGGAGAAUGAUGCUGUUGGGAAGGAUGUUAGACAGUACUACAUUGCUGCCGAGGAAAUUGUCUGGAACUACGCACCCUCUGGGAUAGACAUCUUCACCAAAGAAAAUUUAACUGCACCUGGGAGUGAGUCACAGGUAUUUUUUGAACAAAGUGCUACAAGAAUUGGAGGCUCUUAUAAAAAGCUGGUUUAUCGUGAAUACACAGAUGCUUCCUUUGCAAAUCGAAAGGAGAGAGGCCCUGAAGAGGAACAUCUUGGCAUCCUUGGUCCUGUUAUUUGGGCAGAGGUGGGAGACAUCAUCAGAGUUACCUUCCAUAACAAAGCAGCAUAUCCCCUCAGCAUUGAGCCAAUUGGAGUGAGAGUCAGUAAGAACAACGAGGGCACAUAUUAUGCCUCACAUGGAAGUGUGCCUCCUUCUUCUUCCUCCUAUGUGGUACCCAAAGAAACAUUCACCUAUGAAUGGACUGUCCCCAAAGAAGUAGGACCCACUUAUGCAGAUCCUGUCUGUCUGUCUAAGAUGUAUUAUUCUUCUGUGGAUCCCACCAAAGAUAUAUUCACUGGGCUUAUUGGGCCAAUGAAAAUAUGCAAGAAAGAAAGUUUACAUACGAAUGGGAGACAGAAAGACGUAGACAAGGAGUUCUAUUUGUUUCCCACAGUGUUUGAUGAGAAUGAAAGUUUGCUCCUGGAUGAUAAUAUUAGAAUGUUUACAACUGCUCCUGAUCAGGUGGAUAAGGAAAAUGCAGACUUUCAAGAAUCUAAUAAGAUGCACUCCAUAAAUGGAUUCAUGUAUGGAAAUCAGCCUGGUCUCAAUAUGUGCAAAGGAGAUUCCAUUGUUUGGUACUUAUUCAGUGCUGGCAAUGAGGCUGAUGUACAUGGGAUAUACUUUUCAGGAAAUACCUAUCUGUCAAGAGAAGAAAGGAGAGACACAGCCAACCUCUUCCCUCAAACAACUCUUACACUCUUCAUGCAACCUGACACAGAAGGGACCUUUGAUAUUGAGUGUCUCACAACCGACCACUACACAGGCGGCAUGAAGCAAAAAUAUACUGUGAACCAAUGCAGCCGGUCGUCAGAGGAUUCAACCUACUACCUAGGAGAGAGGACCUACUACAUCGCAGCAGUGGAGGUGGAAUGGGAUUAUUCUCCACAAAGAGAAUGGGAAAAGGAGCUGCAUCAUUUACAAGAACAAAAUGUUUCAAAUGCAUUUUUAGAUAAGGAAGAUUUUUACAUAGGCUCAAAGUACAAGAAAGUUGUGUACCGGCAGUACACUGAUAACACAUUCAGUGUUCCAGUGGCAAGAAAAGCGGAGGAAGAACACCUGGGAAUUCUAGGUCCACAACUUCAUGCAGAUGUAAAAGACAUAGUGAAAAUUAUCUUUAAAAACAUGGCCACAAGGCCAUACUCAAUACAUGCCCAUGGAGUGAAGACAGACAGUUCCACAGUUACUCCAACAUUACCAGGUACAGAUUGGGAUCUCUAUAGUGGAUUAAUCGGCCCGCUGAUUGUUUGCCGGAGACAUUACUUAAAAGUAUUCAAUCCCAUAAAAACAUUGGAAUUUUCCCUCCUGUUUCAAGUUUUUGAUGAGAAUGAAUCUUGGUACUUAGAUGACAACAUCAAAACAUACUCUGAUCACCCUGAGAAAGUAAAUAAAGACAAUGAGGAAUUCAUAGAAAGCAAUAAAAUGCAUGCAAUCAAUGGAAGAAUGUUUGGAAACCUGCAAGGUCUCACAAUGCAUGUGGGAGAUGAAGUUAACUGGUAUUUGAUGGGAAUGGGCAAUGAAAUAGACUUGCACAGUGUGCAUUUCCAUGGCCAUAGCUUUCGAUACAAGCACAGGGGCAUUUAUAGUUCUGAUGUCUUCGACAUUUUUCCUGGGACAUACCAAACCCUAGAGAUGUUUCCAAGAACACCUGGAACUUGGUUACUCCACUGCCAUGUGACUGAUCACAUUCAUGCUGGAAUGGAAACUACUUACACUGUUCUACCAAAUGAAGGUAAAUAUCCAGUUAGUGAUUCUAGAAGUCCCGUGUUACGAAUAUAA